AUGGAUGAUCAACUAGAUAUUAUGUUGGAAAAUACCAAUGAGGAAUUUAUUACCUUAUCGUAUGCUGAUCAUUCAUUGACCUCUCAAUCCGAACAAUUAUCUGAUGAGUGUGCGGACAUGAAUUUAGACCAGGAUAAUUGUCAAACUAUGAGUGACAUGGCUCCAUUAAACGAUUUGUUGUUGGGACAAACAUUUUUAAUAGAGACUAACGAACAACCAUUAUUUGUAGAUGGCGCAGAGUUAAUUACAUUCCAACAUAUUGACUCAAACGAACAAAUAAAUGAUGUCGAGACUAUUUCAAAUAAUAUUGAAUCUGAUAAAUCUCCUAUUGAAAAUAUUGAUUUUACUAUAAAUUCUGAUGAUCACUUCCAAGAAAUUUGUACAGAUUUUAAUAAAACCACUAAUGACAGUAAUAACUUGACAGAACAUUUACAAGUUAAGAUCAACACUGAUAUAACUAGUGGGAACUACAGUAAUUCAACUGCUAUUAAAAUUUUAGAUGAUGUCGCUAAAAGUCCUGUUGAUACUAAUGGCCAUUUUGUUUGUGAUUUAUGCUUACAUGAAUUUUACAACUGGAAACAUUAUAAGAAACAUAAACUAGAACAUUUAAAUGAUAAGCCGUUUAAAUGUUUGAAAUGUUUAAAAUCAUUUAAUUACAAUAAUAAUUAUUUACUUCACAUUGCUUCUCAUUCAACAAGUAAUUUAAAAUGUCCAAAAUGUAAAAAAGAAUUUAAACGCUAUGCUAGCUUUAAAGCACACCUGAAAAUUCAUAAAACUGAAGAAUUAAUUACAUGCAAUAUUUGUGACAAAAUAUUUGACAAUCAGUAUCGAUUGGACAUUCAUAAAGAAAAUUGCAUACAAGAAAAUUUACUGAAUUCUGGUGAAGAAACAUCUGUUGGUUGUAUUAAAACUUGUACAAUUUGUAAUAUGUCUUUUUCCACUGUAUCAGAAUAUAAAAUGCACAACAAAGAACAUAGAAAAUUUGAUUCAGUGUUGAGAAAAUAUCAUAAACUUGCUACAAAAUUUAAAAAAAUACAUAAAACAGCUAAUAAAAUUAAAAAAUUUAAAUGUGAUCGUUGUGAUUGGUCAUUUAAUAAGUCAAAUCUUUUACGCCGACAUAUGAGAACACAUACUGGCGAAAAACCAUUUGAAUGCACGGAUUGUUCAGUAUACUUUACUCAGCAAAACUCAUUAAAUAGACAUCUGAUGAAACAUAAAGGAAUACGACCAUUUAGAUGCGAAUUCUGUGAAAUGAGUUUUUGUCAAAAAGGUCAUUUAAUUAAUCAUAUGAAAAAAUGUCAUGCUGUUAAAAAAGAACCAACAAGAAUUCAUAAAUGCUCCAUGUGUUCGUGUGUUUACAACAGUAUCAAUGCUCUUAGUAGACAUUUAAAUAUUUUCCAUGGAGUGAAAACUAGAAAUGUAUACAAAAAGGUUCAAAAGAAAGAAACAAAGAGUGUAGAAACAGUUGAUGAAAAUAAACAUUCUAAUAAAGAUUCCUCAAAGCUAAAACAAUGGCUUGAAGAAGUAGCUUGUGAAUUGCAAAGUGAUGAUGAUAAUGUAGAGUUAAAGAAUUGCAAAGAACCAGUUACUACGCAAUGUGAAUUUGGAAUAAAUUUGAUUGAAAGUGAACACUAUGAUCACAUUUUAAGCCCGAUUUCUAAUAUAGCUAGUGAUCACACUGAAAUUGACAACUUGAGAUAUUCUCUUGCAGAUGGUAAUAGCUAUAUUAUUAUUGUGAAGAAGAAACAGGAGCAACCAUCAAUCAAAAAUGCUGUUGUUCAAAACCAAGAAAAGGAACUAGUAACAACUGUCACUGAAAAUGAAUCAAUAUCACUAAAUGUUGUAAAAGAAACUGCUAAAAAGGGAACGGAACCUAUAACAACUGUUACUGAAAAUGAAUCAAUACCAUUAAGUGUUGUAGAAGAAACCACUACCACUAAAAAGCUUCCUUCAAGAAAAAAAAAAUGUGGGAAUAAAAUGUCUAAAUUGGAUGCAAAAAAGACUUUACCAAGGAAAAAAAAUGUGAGUUCAUCAAAUUUGAAAAAGAAGAAUUGUAACAGUGAUAAAAUUAAGAGAAAUAUAAGUCAUCCAAGUAGUAAAGCUGAGCCAAAAGUUGUAUAUGUACCAAAUAUAGCUAUUAAUUCAGAAGAUAAAACCAUUAGUAUUACGGAAAAUCCAUUGCCAAAAGUGUGUCAAUUCUGUGAGAAAAUAUUUAAAAAGAAUGCCGAUCUUGAAAGACACGAAAGAACACACACUGGUGACAAACCGUAUAAAUGCGAAGAACAGGAUUGUAAUAAAGCAUUUGCCACUAAGAGUUCACUUGAAUAUCAUAAAAUCACCCAUUCAGGUCAAAUGAAACGAGCAGAGUGCCCCCAGUGUAAUGGAUUAUUUGCUACAACGACAACUUUGAAAGUUCACUUGCGACAACACACAGGUGAAAAACCAUUUAAGUGUCCUGUAUGCGGUGAUGCAUUUCGAACAACUGGACACUUACAAACACAUGUGAUAAUUCACGAACGAAAAAAGAAAAGCAAAUAA